GGAUUUUAUGUAAAUUUAUCAAUGAUAUCUGUAAAUAAUUUACAAGUAAUAGUUACCUGAAGCUCGCCUACUCGGUCAGUUUUAUCACAACCUAAUACAAUGUUUAUGCCCAGUAUUUGCAUCAAAUUAAUUGAACUUGCGAUAGCGUCGGCCUGCCUUCUACUACAACAGUACAGUUAUGACCUGACAGACGUGUCCACACUCAUCCUGUGUUCUGGCACAUACCUGGGCUUCAUACUGGUGCUUACAGGAGAAAUUAUUGGGGAGAUGGUAUUCGCGCCGCUGGACGUCAUCCAAGACGUGUACUUUAGCGUGCUGGGGAUGGCGAUGUCCGCCACGUGCGCUUGGACACUGUACUCGGCGCGCACGGACGCCGAGCGCAACCCGCGCGCCGACGACACGCUCGUGUCCUACACCGUGGCGCUCAACGCCGUCAACGUUCUCAUUAUGUUCUGUGAUACGAGGGUAUCCACCAUAUCAGCGGAGGGGCGGUGUCAAGAGUCCCAGUAACCAGACUAUUCUGUUCUAAGCUCAAUAAACGCGCAACAAAGAUACGCUGCGCUCGAAGCAUUCAGUGCAUUCAGACUAUACAGAGCUUGAAAAAGUAUUUCGAAGUUCGAAGCUGAUGUUAAAGUUAAGGGGCGUUUUAUGCAUGAGGAAAAUGCAUCGCUUCAGAUACGGACUGUAUUUGUGUUAUUGAUGUGAAAACCAUUCAAGUCGUGGAUAAGUACACGCGCUGACACUGUUUGUAUAAAUGCGACUUUGUGGAUUUUGUAAUGUGAUAUGUAUUUUUGAGUUGAAAUAUGAAGCGUAUUAGAAAGUUAUCUGUUACACUACAUUUGCACCUCUGUUGAACCCUGA